AUGUCGCCACGUUUCAUCGUGGGAUUUUUGAGCGUCCUGGGCUUGGCCCAGGCUUUUUUGGGCUUUGGUGGGAGUUCGGUGAGUGAGGAGGACAAGAAAUGGCAGCAUUAUCAUGGACAGGAGGAGUUGGAGACGAAAUUGGCCGAGAUCAAUCAGAAAUGUAAAGAGGUGAGUUAGCCUAAUUAGGCUCAAUGAUUUUCCAUAGUCAUCUAGAAGUUUAAGUGGUUAAAUCUAGGCUUAGAAGUUUUGAGAUGACGUGGCACACUUACGCUAAUUUCCUGUGGGAAAAUUUGAAAAAUGAGAAAUGGGGAAUUUUUUUAAAUAAUUUAUGCGCGAAAAGGGGUCACGUGAUAAAAUAAGCUUAUUAAAAAUCGAUUUUUUUUUUCGAAAAUCUCAUCGGUACCACGCGCUCCACCGAAAUAAACACGCAACGCAGACCGCGCCGCGCCACAACACACACAAAAAAGGGAGGGAAUUUGAAUCGUUCCCUUGUGUUGUGGCGCGACGCGGUCUGCGUUGCGUGUUUAUUUCGGUGGAGCGCGUGGUACCGAUGAGAUUUUCGAAUAUAGAGCUCUAACCUUUCCUAAAACAAUUUUAAGAGUUUGAUACAAAAAAAUCUUGAACUUUAGAAUGACGUGAUUCAAUGUGCGGAUAAUCCUAGCUUCUGAUAAUCCCCCUUCCGAAAUUCUUCAGAAAAAAAAUCUCUAAAUGUUUUUUCCUCCAGAUCUCAACCCUCUACGAAAUCGGACAAUCAGUUGAAGGUCGACCACUUGUCGUUUUGCACUUCUCAACAACUCCAGGAGCACAUGUGCCAAGUAAGCUUAUACUCCAAUACCCGAUUUAAAAAUCCCCCAUGUUUCCAGCCAAACCCGAGAUCAAAUUGAUCGGAAACAUGCACGGAAACGAGCCAAUCGGUCGCGAAUUACUGCUCCGUUUCGCCGAUAAUUUGUGCCAGGGAGCAUUGAAUAAUGACAAGGAAAUUGUGCAAUUGUUGAACUCGACAUCGAUUCACAUUUUGCCGUCGAUGAAUCCAGAUGGUUUCGAAUUGGCGCUAAGCACUGUGAGUUCCGGAAAUAUUUGAAAAGGGGCCCUUUUUCCAGCAGACCGGAAAUCCGGCAAUAGAAAAACACCCUUGAAAUUUGAUAGGUCUCGGCUUAAAUUGACGUCACUGUUAUUUUUUAUAGUGCGUGCGUUCGUGCUCAGAAAUUGUAGUGAUAAGUGAAAAACAAAAUGUGAUUGGGGGGAAUAUGGUAUCUAGAUCUAGAGGCAACAGAAAAAAAAAGUUGUACGCCGGGUAUGGGUCGAACCCGGGUACUGCAAAAGCAUCGCGCUCGCUAGGCACGCGUGCUAACCACUCGGCCACCGCGCUCUUUUUCUCGCCUGUCGAAAUUGUUAUAUUUAAAGGCGGUUAGAUUCCGGGACCACCCACGAAGCCUAAGCAAAUAUAAUAGUUUAAACCUUCUUGUACGCAAUAGUGCGUCGCAGUGUUUGCACACACUUGGAGGCAAUUUGAAGAUUUUGAAUAUUUUCUGAGAUUUCCGAAUUUAUCCUGGCUUCUUUCAUACUGCCUCACGGUGGGAUUUUCUUUACGCCGCUUGAACAAAAAGACCCUCGUGAAAUUUCUGCGGGCUAAGUGCGCUCUGAUGAGAAACAAAUUUCGCUGCGCAGCGACACAUUGCGUGGUGAGCGCGGUCGGUAUCGCAAACGGGUCUUUGCGUAAAGGAAAGCGCACCGUUACCUUUAACCAAGUCCCAAAACAAUAACUCCAAUAUUUCAGGAACCAGCCAAACGUCAAUGGCUCACCGGAAGAUCAAAUGCCAACGGCGUCGACCUCAACCGUGAUUUCCCAGACCUCGACGGCGUCUUCUACGAGCUCGAGCAAAUGAAAGUCCCAAAAUACGACCAUCUCCUCUCGCUCUUCGACGAUUCCCAAUCCAAACAUCAACCCGAAACCCUUGCCGUCGGUCAAUGGACCCUCUCCCUUCCCUUCGUUCUAUCCGCAAACUUCCAUGAGGGUGACUUAGUCGCGAAUUACCCAUUCGAUUCAUCGAAGAACCCGGAAAGCGGAAAAACUGAGUAUUCCGCGUCUCCGGAUGACGGAACAUUCAGAUGGUUGGCCUCAAGUUACGCUGAAAACCACGCGCAUAUGGCGAAAAAUGACCAUGCUCCAUGCGAUGGUUCUAGCCAGGAUGCUUUCGCUAGACAGGGUGGAAUCACAAAUGGUGCGAAGUGGUAUUCGGUGGCUGGUGGAAUGCAAGACUUCAACUACCUAGGAACAAACUCCAUGGAAAUCACGUUGGAAAUCAGUUGCGAGAAAAUGCCAGCUGCUUCACAACUUCCACAAUUCUGGGCGGAUAACCAAAAAUCAAUCUUUGAAUAUGUCUGGAAAUCACACAGUGGAAUCAAGGGUAUUGUUGUUGACGCGAUCACCGGGGAACCCAUUGAACGAGCUGUUGUAUGGAUCAGAAAUGGUACUCAAGAAAAUCCAAUCAAACAUCCGGUCACAACUUGGACUGAGGGAGAUUAUUAUCGUAUUCUACCAGCUGGACAAUAUGAAAUAUUCGUUGCUGCGGAGGGUUAUGAAACCGCCGCCAGAAACAUCACAGUUGAGAACAAGGUUCGUGACUCGGCGCUCGUUGUUGAUUUUGCAUUGGCUCCACAAAUUGACAAUGAAGAUGUUGCCGAAAUUUUGGAAGAACUUGCCAUCAAACCAGCUGAACAAUAA